GCUAUUUGACGCGCGGCUCGCGGAAGGCGAAGGUUUUUGUGUUGCUCGCCCGGGCCGGCGGCGGCGGUGGAGGAGGGGAGGCGGCGCGGAGGCGCGGCCACUGCUGCACCGACCGGCGCUGCGGCGCGAGCCCACCCGCCCGGAGCUCGCCGCCCCGGCGCUCCCCUCCCUCCCCGCCCCCAGCGGCGCUGCCUCCUCCAAAUGAGCGAUUCGCCCGCUGGAUCUAACCCAAGGACACCCGAAAGCAGCGGCAGCGGCAGCGGCGGCGGCGGGAAGAGGCCGGCGGUGCCGGCGGCGGUGUCCCUCUUGCCCCCGGCGGACCCCCUGCGCCAGGCGAACCGGCUCCCGAUCAGGGUCCUGAAGAUGCUGAGCGCUCACACUGGUCACCUCCUGCACCCGGAGUACCUGCAGCCGCUGUCCUCCACCCCUGUCAGCCCCAUUGAGCUGGACGCCAAGAAGAGUCCACUGGCGCUGCUGGCCCAGACCUGCUCGCAGAUCGGCAAGCCGGACCCGCCGCCUUCCUCCAAGCUCAACUCGGUGGCGGCGGCGGCCAACGGGCUGGGAGCGGACAAGGACCCUGGCCGCUCCGCCCCGGGCGCCGCCUCCGCGUCCGCAGCCCUCAAGCAGCUGGGGGACUCCCCCGCCGAGGACAAGUCCAGCUUCAAGCCCUACUCCAAGGGCUCCGGGGGCGGCGACUCCCGCAAAGACGGCGGCUCCUCCUCCGUGUCCUCCACCUCCUCGUCGUCCUCCUCGUCCCCGGGAGACAAGGCGGGAUUCAGGGUCCCCAGCGCCGCCUGCCCGCCCUUUCCCCCGCAUGGAGCGCCAGUCUCCGCGUCGUCUUCCUCGUCCUCGCCCGGCGGCUCCCGCGGCGGCUCCCCGCACCACUCUGACUGCAAGGCCGGCGGCGGGGGCGGCGCCGGGGAGCUGGACAAGAAAGACCCGGAGCCCAAGCCCAGCCCGGAGCCCGCGGCCGUGAGCCGCAGCGGCGGGGGCGAGCCGGGCGCCCAUGGCGGCGCCGAGGCCGGGGCCUCCGGGCGCAAGUCGGAGCCGCCCUCGGCUCUGGUGGGGGCCGGCCACGUGGCGCCAGUGUCGCCCUACAAGCCGGGUCACUCGGUGUUCCCGCUGCCGCCCUCCAGCAUCGGCUACCACGGCUCCAUCGUGGGCGCCUACGCCGGCUACCCGUCCCAGUUCGUGCCUGGCCUGGAUCCCAGCAAGUCCGGCCUCGUGGGCGGCCAGCUGUCGGGGGGCCUGGGCCUGCCGCCCGGCAAGCCGCCCAGCUCCAGCCCGCUCACCGGGGCCUCCCCGCCCUCCUUCCUGCAGGGAUUAUGCCGCGACCCCUACUGCCUGGGGGGCUACCACAGCGCCUCGCACCUCGGCGGCUCCAGCUGCUCCACCUGCAGCGCCCACGACCCGGCCGGGCCCAGCCUGAAGGCGGGAGGCUACCCGCUGGUGUACCCCGGGCACCCGCUGCAGCCCGCCGCGCUCUCGUCCAGCGCCGCGCAGGCCGCGCUGCCCGGCCACCCGCUCUACACCUACGGCUUCAUGCUGCAGAACGAGCCGCUGCCGCACAGCUGCAACUGGGUGGCGGCCAGCGGGCCGUGCGACAAGCGCUUCGCCACCUCGGAGGAGCUGCUCAGCCACUUACGGACUCACACGGCCCUGCCGGGCGCCGAGAAACUUCUGGCCGCCUACCCCGGGGCCUCGGGCCUGGGCAGCGCCGCCGCCGCCGCCGCGGCCGCCGCCUCCUGCCACCUACACCUGCCCCCGCCCGCCGCCCCCGGCAGCCCCGGGUCGCUGUCAUUGCGGAGUCCACACACUUUGGGGCUAAGCCGGUACCACCCCUACGGCAAGAGCCACUUAUCCACAGCAGGGGGCCUGGCCGUGCCGUCCCUCCCCACAGCCGGACCCUACUACUCGCCAUACGCGCUGUACGGACAGAGACUAGCCUCAGCCUCGGCGCUCGGAUACCAGUAACUACAGCUCUUCCUCCCGGCCCUGUCCCUCCCGGUCCCCCUGCCCCUCCCCCCACCGCUGUCGCCGCUGCAACCUCCACUUCUGCUUGUCCCUGCCGGGAUUCCCCGCCCAGCCCCUCCCCACCGGACUGUGUAUUUAUUUACUGUAAUGUUAGCUUACAAGCUGGGAAUAUAAGUGCAUUAACGGCCCACAUGAGUCAAUGGUAUGCAAAAAGUCUGUGUUUCCCCAAAUAAUAAUAUUAAUCACGCAAAUAACUACAUGAUCCCCGCCCCUCUUCCUUUUCUUCCCCCCCCCCUUUUCUUAGGUAUAAGUUUUAAAUUUUUAUUCCUUUUCCUAUUUUUUUUUUUUAGGGAGAGGAAGGAGAGUGGGGUACCUGGGUUCUUCUGUUUUGAUUUCGCUCCCCGGGGAGUUUCUUGCAUGAGUCUUAACUGUUAAAACUACAUUUGCCCCUUCUCUCUUUCCCUCUUUCGCCUCAUUCCCUCUUGUUUCCUUCCAUUCGAGGUUCUGUUUUUUCUUUUGUACAAGUAACAGAUUUUUUUUUUUUUGGUAACACAUUUGGGGGAGUGGAGGGAGCCACCUUGGUGGCAGGAGGUCCUGAGCGCUGUUGACUGGGAACUCUGCGACUCCUCCCUAGCGACCCUCUCCUCUUAGGGUCCUGGGUAUGGGCCCUGGCCCCCCAAAUUAGAGCUUUGCUCCCCUGGCUUGCUCUGAGCACGGAGAGUCCUGACCCCAACAGGUUCCCCCUUGUAGAGGGGCCCAGAUGGCCUCCGCCAGAGCCUUUCCGUCCACCUUUACCUUCCAGACCCCCUCCCGGCCCUGACGCCCGGUGGUCACACUGCCUGCUGGUGGGGCACCUAUGGGGCUCGUCUUACUCAGUUAAAAGUCCUAGAAGGCCCCGCUGGCGCUGGCGUGGAAUUUGCUCCUUACAUUUUGCGAAGUGCUUUAUAGUCAUUGUUUUUCUGUCCCUGAUUGGGGCAAUGACCCCUCCCCUGGCGGUAGGGGCGGGGUCGGUGAUUCUCGCUAGGUGCCCCCAAAGCAACGUCAGCAGGCGUUACAAUCUUGUCAGCUCUGCUGGGGGGAGGUUGGGGCGCCGGAGCACACGCAUCACAGCAGCCCCCGCCCUCUCCCGCCUGACCCGGCAGAGCCCCCAAAGUUGGCCGUGGGCCUCCGCAGGCGCCCGCAGUGGCUGGGACGGAAGACCUGGCCCCUGGGUCUUCUGCCCACACCCCUCCCUCCCGGUCUCUUGCAGCAGCGCGGGGCUGCAGGGCCUGUUCGGGACGAAUAGAGCUCUCCCUUGGUAAGACUUAUUUUGUUAAUAAAUGGAAUACUUGGCUAUAUUCA